AUGGCUCCGCGAUUGCGAACAAAUGUGGACCGAGAGACGAGGGUCGUAAUCAAUGCAUACUACAAUGAUGGUCUUUCUAUUCGUAAUAUUGCCUCAAAACUGAAGAUCUCCAGGUCCACUGUUGCAUACAGCAUCAAGCGUUUUCGUGAAUUUGGAAUCAACAAAAAUCGACCACGAAGUGGAAGGCCACGGGUGACUACGAAAGCUGAAGAUAAGUCCAUCGUGCUGCUCUCCAAACGAGAUAAACGACGAACUGCUCCUAUAAUUCAAGCAGAUUUCAACUUAGGCCAUGACAAGCAGAUAUCUGUAGCAACUAUCAAAAGGAGACUUAGAUCAGCUGAUCUCUUUGGUAGAGUUGCUGUACGGAAACCACUUCUUCGUUCAGUAAAUAAAAAGAAAAGAUUGCAAUGGGCGCAGAAACACAAGAAUUGGACUGUAGAAGAUUUUUAA